UUUUUUUUCUUCCUCCCUACUUCCCGCCCCUGACAUGAUUGUGUUGGGCCAGCCGACGAGACCGUCCUCGUCCUGUCUUGCUAGUGUUGAGCAGGAGACAAUCGCCGUCUGGCCUAAAAGAUGCCCCCUGAGUCCCUUACGACUUCCCCAGGAGCUUCCAAAGCUGGGGAAGUAGACCAAUUUGCCGUCAAUUACUGGAAAGCACGGUUUGAUAAAAGACCCCCUACUUUAAUUCAUGUGAUUGAGACUCUGGAUGUCGAGUACAAUGAACUGGCCCAGUCCUGGAAAAGGUUCCAAGAGCUGCUUGCCCCCACGGAUCGUGUAUGCUUCGAGGAGCGCCCUCAGACUGCCCCCGACGUCCAAGCAGUUGUCCGUGGGGUCCAGGCUCUCUGGGGUUCUAGUCCACAACAGCGAGCAUUCCGCCGUUCGAUGGCUCUGUGUGAUACUUUCGCAGCCACUCUCGAUUCGCAUACUGUAACCUUAACGACCCUUCCAAACCAUCAAUUCUACUCCGCCCUUUUCUACGGGGUGUUACAGUCCAUGCUCAAGGCAUGUGCCACUUACCCAAACAUUAUGGAAAGAAUGAUGAGCGCUCUGGUCAACGUAAAUCAAUCUAUUAGCCCGUCUGUGGAGAGCGGCACGUUGCAGUUCCCCAAAGAGUCCGUUCCGUUAAUCGCAAGAUUCUACUAUCUCACUUUCUUCUUCCUCGGGGAAUUUAUGGACUGGUAUGCGAGAAGAUCCAAGUGCCGGCUACUGCAAAGUCUUAAUGAGGAUAUGUAUCUUGAUUUUGGCAACCUUGUCGGUGCAAUCCAGAGCAGUGCGCGCGAUUUUAUGCAAGGCUUCAUCGAUGUGCUGAGCCCGAACGACUGCGACUAUGAGAGAACCUUGGGUACCGUCCACCACCCCGACCUGUACCUCUGGGAGCAAGCAAGAUUGAGCCAGAUAGGCCGACGACACGUUGACCGACGAUUUGCCGCCCAGAAUGCAAUGACUCGCCUACUUAUCUGGGGAAUACAGCGGGAUGCUGAGGAGCGACAGGGAAUAAGGGAGAAGCGGGAUGUCCUGCUUGCACAAAUGUUCGAAACCGCAAGCCAACGGCUACGGCCCGCCAGCCAACAGAAUGGCGGUAUUGCCUGCUUGACAACGACUCCCGGGCCGUAUCUGACUAGAGACACGUACACCCUUGAGACCUCCGGUGGGCCUAGACACAAGUACUCCAGGGUUGAAUUGCAGCUAGCUUCAGCGCAUUUGCAGGAUUACUUCGACAGCGACGACCAAAUUGCCGGCUUUGAGACCGACGUUGGAAUUAUUGCCGAAGACAGCGUAAUCGAGUCUCUCAAACAAUGGGGUACGAAUGCUUACUCUCAGGUUCUUGCCAUCGGAGGCUUCACAACUACCGUUUUUCCUAGCCCAGUUGCUCUCAUCUCAGCCUGUUAUGCCAACCUGGCCAGAGAAAUUAAGUUGCCCGUCGUCGCCCAUUUUUGUUCUCUUCCAACCACUGCGAAGGAUGGGAUGACUUUAUUCCAGCAAGGCCUCAUUGCUCUCACAUACAGUUUGAUCCGACAGCUUAUCGACUGCCUUCCCCCAGUAUCCAAUGGCUCGGCCGCCUAUGCCCUCAAAGCAGAACGGUUCAGCCCUCUGAAUGGAACGCUGACGUCGUGGAAAGAAGUGCUGUCUCUCAUUGAUACAUUAUUACACUAUGCACCACCACUUCUGGUCUGUGUUGUGGACGGGCUGGAUAAACUACAUGACACAUCGACUGAUGAAUAUAUCCGCUCUUUGGUUCGGACGUUUGUGGAUCACACUAAACCCCUACCUGACCUGGUGACGGAUAGUUAUCACAGUCAUAAUACUGUCCUGCUCAAGGUUUUAUUCACAGUCACUGGCCGACCGAGUUCGCUGGUGGGAACAUUGUUUGAGAAUACCCUCAUUCUAAGUGAAUCUAAUCGACCAGAGCAAGUAGUCGCCGCUGACCCCUCCCUCAACCCCAAUGUAACGUUUAUGAUGAUGAAUGCAUAACACAAAGCUGAGAAUGAAGUGUUCUACUCUCGCGUGCUCUUCAUUCCUCUUCUCUAACAAUCCUCUUUCUUCUUCUUCUUCUUCUUCUUCUUCUUCUUCUUUCUUCUUCUUUCUUCUUUCUUCUUUCUUCUCCUUCUGGUCAACUUUUUGUCUUUCGGGUGAAAAUUGGGACGUAUAGAACUAAGCGCAGGCAGGAUUUCUUCAAAUACAACAUUGUCGGUGGCGGAAAUCUCGCGGGUUCGCUAUUUCCUUCGUAACAUGUCUGUCUGUGUCUUUCUUUAUCCUGUGCUAUCUCCUUUAAGGCAUUUCUGGUCCGCAUUUGCAUUUUGGCCUGAUGACCGUGGGACUGAGAUCACGCCGGUUGUCUGUUCCUCAAUUCCGGGCUUCGAUGAUGUUAACUGGCCCCUGCAACAGCAUUGCCUCU